UAACAAUAAGUCGAUAGGCAAGAAAUUAUUCAGCCGGUAAUAAAAUUAAUUUCCUUCUUAAAAACUAUGGUUGGUUGCUUUUGUGAAUGAUAAGUUAAUAUUCUUAACAAUCGUAAUGCUUAAAAGAUUCUAGGCUUUCAAAUACAAUUUGAGUUUUAUUUUUUACACAAUUAAAUUUCAAUUUAUUACAUAAUGAAAGAAGUGGUUUACCUCUGAAAUCGAAACAAAAACACCGUUUUUCUAUAUUAAAAGGGUUUUGUAAUGUUAUUUAUUAGAUGGGAGUUGAGGAAUUCUCAAUGCCUAACUUCUGUUAGCUGACAGGAUAUGAAAGAAGUUUAUCUUUGUUUACAUUUCAAAGAUUGUCUUGAAUGAUAGAAUCCCAUAGUUGAUUUGGAUCAACAGGUUGUGCACUUGUGUUUUAUUCCCAUAAAUCUAGAGCAGGCAAGAUGACUAUACCCGAUCUUGUGUCCAGUCUUUCGUCGAAUCCCUAUUUUGGGGCUGGUUUUGGGCUAUUUGGUGUUGGUGCCGCUGCCGCGAUAUUGCGAAAAGGCCUUCAGGGCGGAUUAAUCCUAUUUCGCCGACACUGCAUGAUUACCUUGGAGGUGCCGUGCCGAGACAAAUCCUAUCAGUGGCUAUUAAAAUGGAUCACCAUUAAAGGAGCGCGAAAAACACAGCACUUAAGCGUGGAGACAAACUUUGUGCAGAACGACAAUGGAACGAUUAAAACAAGCUAUGACUUUAUACCCAGCAUUGGCAAGCACCUGUUCCAGUACAAGGGUAACUGGAUUCAGGUGGAACGAACUAGAGAACAACAGACAUUGGACCUUCACAUGGGUGUUCCCUGGGAAACAGUGACUCUGACAGCAUUCGGAAAUAAUAAAGCCAUUUAUUUUGACAUUUUGGAAGAGGCUAGACACUUGGCUCUGGAAGCCACAGAAGGCAAAACCGUGUUAUACACAGCGAUGGGUGCAGAAUGGAGACCCUUUGGUCAUCCUAGGCGACGACGACCCACUGGAUCGGUGGUCCUUGAUCGUGGAACGUCUGAAAAAAUCAUUGCGGACUGCCAAGACUUUAUCAAGAGUUCUCUUUGGUAUACUCAGCGCGGAAUUCCUUAUCGAAGAGGAUAUCUUUUAUACGGACCUCCGGGUUGUGGCAAGUCCAGCUUUAUUACUGCCUUGGCUGGCGAAUUGGAAUACAGUGUCUGCCUUUUAAACCUUUCGGAAAGAGGACUCACCGAUGAUCGACUGAAUCACCUUCUUAAUGUGGCUCCAGAACAAAGUAUCAUUCUUCUGGAGGAUAUUGAUGCAGCAUUCUUAUCCAGAGAAGCGACUCCUCAGCAGAAAUCCGCUUUUGACGGCCUUAACAGGAUAACGUUUAGUGGUCUACUAAACUGUUUAGAUGGUGUGGGUUCCACAGAAGCUAGGAUUGUCUUUAUGACUACUAAUUAUAUAGACCGUCUAGAUCCCGCCUUAAUUCGCCCUGGUAGAAUAGAUUUAAAGGAAUACAUAGGGUAUUGCACUCAAUAUCAAUUGGAAGAAAUGUUCAAAAACUUCUUUGCUAAUAGUGAUCCUACAAAAGCAGAGGAGUUUGGAAAACGAGUAAAUUCCUUUGGUCGUUCUGCAAGUCCUGCUCAAAUUCAAGGCUUUUUCAUGAAGCAUAAAUCAUCCUCCCCGCAAACAGUUAUUGAUUCUUGUGAAGAUAUUUGGGAAAAUGUUUUAAGCCACAAUAAAAAAGAUAAUUGAGAUA